AUGUCCUUGAGAUACGAAGGACCAGUCUCAAACCUCACAGGCGUGGUCGAAUUGAUCCCAAAGAUGGAUACUUUGCCUGACGAAGACGGCCAUUGGUACGUCAACCAUGCCCACGUUGCAACUUCACCCGACGAAGACGAGGUGGGGUACAUUUUUGAAGAACCAAAGAAGAAGGUGGUCAGGGACACCUGGGGCGAAAGUACUUGGGUCGAUACCUUUUUGUGCCGGUUUGACCCAAAGAAAUUCAACCUGACAUCCAGCAGCUGGGAUGAGAUCAAUGCGCGGUAG